ACCAUGCUCAAGCUGAGCAUUGUCUUUGGCCUGUUGGCGUCAAUAAUCUGGCGCACCACCCCGACAAGCUGUCGCCAGACCCACAAUCAAACCCAAAACAUCAAUCAAUUGGCGGCCAUCAACAUUGAACGCUACAUGGAUGGGGACCAGCAGCGACCCUGCGACAAUUUCUAUCAGUAUGCCUGUGGCAAAUGGUAUCAAGUGCAUAUCGAUGAAAUGGAUUAUGGUGAUGUACUGGGCCUGAUGAACAAUGAAUUGAAUAAGAAGCUGGAGCAUUUACUACGAAAAUCACCCAAUGGCCAGGGUGGAAGCGGCAGUGAUGAACAACCGCCACAAUCGGUCACCACCACCCCAGAGAAUAGUAGUCAGGGUUCCGGCCUGAUGUGGGAACAAAUGUCAUCGCUGUACAAUAAAAUCCGCACCUAUUAUAAGUCAUGUAAAAAAGUCAAGCCGUAUAAUUUGAAGAAAUAUCUGCAGCUGAUACAACCCGGUCCGGGGGUCCAUUGGUAUGUUUUGGCCAAACAGGGCGGCCGCAAAUGGAAUGCGGAUAAAUUUGAUUGGCUAGAGGCCAUAGCAAAGUUACGACUCUACGGUUUAAAUGGGGUGCUGCUGAAAGAGCAGGUCCUACCUCGAUGGGAUGAAUCCUCAACCAUGAGUAUUUAUUUGGAUAAACCGGAUUUGGCGGAAACUUUGGCUAUGGGUGAGGGGGUGAUCAUUGAACUGCUCAUGGAUAUUGGUCAGACCAAACGUUUGGCCAAUGAAAUUGCCCGUGAGGUCAAUAGGUUUGAAUUUCAGCUACACAAGCUGCAGGAGCUGGAGGAUGAAGAGGGGCCGAAGGAAAUGCAGCUGGGUUAUUUGCAGGAAUAUAUGCCGCAAAUUGAUUGGUUGGCCUAUUUGAAGGAACUCAAGGGUCCCGACACUGAUCUAAGUACCACGGUCAUUAUUCAAAACAUACCCUACAUGCGUAGCCUGGUCAAGCUCCUCAACACCGUGGAACCUUCGACCCUAUGCAACUACAUUAUGAUAAAAUUCCUGCUCUAUCUCAAGACCCAGGGACCGGCAGAGAUAUCCCGGCAAGAAUGUAUUGCAAGUUUACGCCGGGCCAUGCCAUUGGCCAUGAGUUAUGUGGUGGGUCAACACUACUAUAAGGAUGCGGAAAAAACUGAUGCCCAGGUCCAGAAGCUGUUUGAGCACCUCAAGGAGACCUUCUACAACAUUUUGUCCGACAAUCGCCUACAAUUACCCGAGGCCAUUGUCCAAACCCAAUUGCAAAAAAUCCAGGCCAUGCAGCUGAGAAUAGGCUUUGCACCGCGCAAUGUUAGCGGUGAUUACUUCAAUCUCUACUACGAAAAAGUGACCCUGGAUGCAAACAAUUUCUAUGCAAAUCAAUUGAGUCUGCUUCGCCUUAUGGUCGAGCGCAGCCAUGAAGCUUUGGAUCCAAUAAGUCAUCAAAAUCUGCUCAAUGAUGAAGCGGUGAUCUCAGCCGAAUGGGAGGGCUCCUCCUCCUCUCCAUUGUAUUUAAAACCCCGCAAUAUGGUGGUCAUACCCUACGGCUUCCUACACAUGCCCAUCUAUCAUCGCAAUCUCAAGGAUAUCUAUAAAUAUUCGGUGCUCGGCUUUGCCCUGGCCCAUGAAAUGAUGCAUGGCUUCGAUUCAUCGGGCAUAGAUUAUGAUGCCAGUGGCAACAUCAUGGGUCCUAGUGAGGAGAUAUCCGCAAAUCAGAGAUUCAUGCAAGGUUUGCGUUGCAUGCAAAAUGAACUGGCCACGGGUUCGAGGAGCCUCAAUGAAAAGCUGGCAGAUUAUGAGGGGAUACGUUUGGCUUUUACGGCCUAUUUUUCGAAUGCAAGGGGUAAUGACACAAGUGGGGGAGGUGCUGGGGCAACAACAAAACAUUUACGAUCCCGUUUCCUUUCGCAAUUCACCCCGCAGCAGGUGUUCUUUAUUAAUUUUGCCCAAUUCUUUUGUGGCAAGGUCCAUCCGAAGUUAACACAUUCCGCCUAUUUGGAUCAUGCCAUGGAUGAGUUGAGGGUCCUGCAGACCCUGGCUAAUUUUGAGGAAUUUUCCAAGGCAUUUGGAUGUGAGAAGAGGGAUAAAAUGCAGUCCAGGCAUAGGUGUAAAUUGUGGUAA